AUGGACUGGCUUGCCUAUACUGGGAGAGUUGAAGAUCCAGAAAACCUGGAAAUUGUCGUCUUAUUAGCUGAUAAGAAAGCCCUGGGCAUCGCCAUCACAUCCACUCCAUCCGUCCACUUCAACAAGCGUAUCAAUGAAUUUGCCUCAGCUGUAAAACAGGGAGCGCUACCUUUGAAAGUGGAUGGACACAGUGUCUGGGUGAAGAGCUUGGCGUCGUGUUCUGAUAAAGACUGCACCAGCAUCCAGACACUGGCAGUGUCACACAAGCCUCCAAACUGGGGGAAGACCUUGGCUCCAUGUUCUGAUAUAGCCUGCAACAGCACCCAAUUGAAUGGUGCUGCAGAGAUCUCAAGAGGUAAAGUUUUCUUGUUUGGAACCAUCGCUGUGUUGGUCAUGAUGAUGAACAAAUUGCUUUACUAAAAAGAUACUUGCGUCUUUCAAGAAGAUAGAUUAAGUUCUUCGGUUUAUUGAGCGUGAAAACAUAGACUUAUAAUGCGUAACAGAUGGUCUGUCUCACGCUAGGUUUUGUGCUUAAUGCCUUCGAGCUGAAACUUUUCGAGACUUUUGGAUGGUAGUUGCACUAUUACGCGUUGCUAAAGGUAGCGCAGAAUCUAUUUGCCGAGCAGGUGUGAGACGUUUCAUGAGAGGUUACUCGCAAGUUACGGUAGCUUAUAAUUCGAUAAAAUUAGUGUCUCUUAUAUUCUUUCCAUUAGAAAGACAAAUAGAUAGGGCACCGUUGUUUCCCUGAUAAAAAGUGAGUAAAAACAGACUCACCUUUAUCCAGAUUAGUUUAUGAAUAUCAUAUAGGGAUUCAAUUAUAUGAAGUAAUAUAAUCUUCUUAUACCUGCAUAUAGUCACGAUUUUCCGUCUAAGUUGCCUUUUUCGAUCCAGUGUAGAACUGUAACUGCAACAAUUCUGCUAUUUCGAAUUUUCUUAUUCAAACAAAGUAAAAAAACGUUAUUAUAUAAGCGUCUUAGACUGUUAUAACCAUUGUUAACCAUUAAAAGUAUUUAAGCAUUAUAAAAUUAUGAAUGAGUUGGGUUGAGUUAGAUUUCAAAUCUAAAUUAAGUCGCCACAGUUUUAAAGUAAUAUCUUAAUUUUAAAUAAAUUUUAGACACGGCCUCAAUGAAAAGCAGAUUUUUUAUUUGUUUCUUUUAUUUGAAUUGUUAUUAUAGAUUUUAUUAUAGUUAGGAAGAUAGAUAUACCUUUAUAGAUAAUUAACAACUGAUGGAAAUACCGUGUAUAAAUAAAGUUAUCUUAUCUUAUCUUAUCUUAUCUUAUCUUGCGCAGUACUCGUUUUCAAGAACGCCGCACCCCCCCCCCCUCUACAUCGCCCGGGAUGUUACUUGAGCCAAGAUCAUUUUCCGACCUUUUCGAUCUUCUACGGGGUAGACAGGCUUGCCAUUGACUGCUUUUUGCUUAUGUUUUUUCAUUCGUUUCGUCGGGUUGUUACGUUUUGGUUAUUUUGGUGUUUUAACUUGUUUGGUUUUUUUCGUUUUUCUGUUGCGAGUGUUGGCAGACGCCCUGACGAAGGACCAACACUAGACAGGUCAAAGAAACUCUUUAGGGUGGAUGGUUUACAUCAUCAACUCAGUUGAUAAAACCAAAUAAACUUGGAGUAGCCCCCUUCCCCUCCCCUCCCCUCCCCGCUGACGCAGAAGAACCACUAACAGUUUCUUUAGAUCAACUUACCCCUUUAGUAUUGUACAAAGACAGAUUACUUUUGAUCGGCCGGGGCCCAAUUGUUACAAGCUCAAUUCCAGCAGUUCAUAGUCUUCCUUACAUAAUUGCCUAUGGAUGUUAUUCCAAUGAUGCGCAAAGGUUUUAUUUUAAGUCUGUCAUGCACCAUGAGAAGAGUUAUCUAAGAUUACGAUCGAUCACAUGGCCUCCCUCAAUUGUCAUGCAUCAACAUUUGUCUACACGCAUGACAUUGUGAUGCCAAAAUGAAGUUGAUGUAUAUAGGUAUGUAUAGGUGUAACAAACAGUCAAGGCAUUUAAAGUCAGUAUAUAUGAAUGCAUUGACUGAUGAAAAGCGAUUCUAUUUUAAACACAAUAUUAAAGUGGAUAGUUUUGUUAAGCAUUUAUCAGACUAAUAUGUCUAUCUUGACCUUGGAUUGAAUCCAAGCCACCUUAGUUAGUUUUAAAGUCAAAAUUUCAUUGUUUAUUUUCUGUUCGUGAGCGACUACUAAACGACCAUUCUGUCAUUAAACAACAACCAUUCUGUCAUCUAUGAAUCAAUUCAAGUAACUAUUGCCCAGCGUUAAAAUAAAGGGAAAAAAAAGACAGCUUUUUUAUUUAUCCUCUAGUCUUGAGGAAAAGAAAACUAGUUUAUAAAAUUCAGUUUACAGGUAUUAUACGAACAGCUCUUAUUACGAGAUAUUGAACCCAAAAGCAAGGCAAAAAGUACUUAUUGGUUACAAACUGGGAAGGGAAACCAGUCAAUAUUAUUUACCGGGGGAGGGGGGAAGCGGAGGAUGUUUGGGGAGGAUCACGCAGUUUUUUAGAGGAACGGAGGGGGGGGACUUUCAUUCUCAGGGUAUAAACUAAUGAUGGGGAUCACUAGAAAAUCAUCCCCCGGGCGAUGAGUAAAGACCGGUCUCUAAUUAAGAGGUGAACGAUACCAAUCGCUCUCAUUUCACAUAAAACAACCUGUAUUACCAUUAGCGCUAUUUUAAGCCAGUGAAAUACUUCGUGAUCGGAAUACUUCACUAUCAAUGUGUAGUCAUCACUACAAAGCGUGCUUUUCUUCGCCGGCGGGAAAGUAUGAUGCCUUUAGUGACACAAGCGGAUCAGAGGUGACCUAGAGCGUGACUCGCACUCGGCGCCGCCUCGCGCUUGACUCGCACUUCGCACUGAUAUUUGUUAUCGUCUGCUGUUAACCAUUGUUAGGUAAGGCGCUGAAAUUAAAAAAAAAUAUAUCAUUGCCUUUUCUUAACAUAUCUCAGUACUAAAGACUAGAUUAUGGUUGAAAUUCACCAUAACAGCUUCAGGUACUCAGUCGAAAAAGGAGCAGGUCUUUGGGGAUUGUGAAUUGAAUAAGAGAUUUAUGCAGAUUAAAACAUGAUCACGAGCCGAUCAUUGUUGAGAGGAAAGCAAACACUCAAAGGCAAUGUCCGUCUUUCUAGGAAACUGGAAAAAUAAGCUGAGAUUUUAUCAUACAUAAUCACAGAAGGGGGUUGGGGUGGUGUUCAAAAGCAUAUGAGCUGCUUACUUCCUACCUAAGGCAAAAGCAGUCGCAAAGGAACACUUGGUCUUUGUUUCUUACAGGUAAUAUGCCUCUGCAACUGUAAAUGAUUCGCUAUCUGAGAUAAAUUAGCAAAGAUAGCUUGUGUACCAGGUGUCCCCUAAUGCCCCCACCCCCACCCCCACAGACGUAGACUCACAUGUGUUAAUUAUUGAUUCCAAGAAGAGCCAUUGCUCACUCCAAACUUUACCAGAGACGAUCGACGUUGGUGGAGUCACCGUGCGUUCUUUGGAUUAAUUGUAAAAGCUAGUUCGGUAAGUAGUGUUAGAUAAAAUAUAAGCGAAAUGAUUUCAAUUUGGUUAGCAGUGGAUGUAGGCUAAGCGGCCUGACACGCUCAGAAGGAUACCUAAUGCUAUUUGGAGGCGACGGCUUCCAAAAAGAAUUUUGCUUUGGAUCGACGACCAAUCUUCAUGUCUUUCCCUAUAAAGUGUCUCGUAGAUCAAGCCAUUCUAAUAGGGGUUUUCGGAGGUUUCACGACGGGGAUUUCCAAAUUUAUAUCAGUUUGUACCCUCACGAUAAGGUGCAAUUCGCGAUGUGCUAUUGAACAGCGCAGUUUGAAAGGUAUCGGAUAGAACAUUAAAACACAUCAUACUUUGAAAACACAAAGUCGUUCAGACCUUGUACACCUUUUAUUAUAUAUGGUUUAAUGAAACUAAGUCUAUAUUAUAGCUGGAGAACAUGAUCAUAAUUCAACCGGGGAAGGAUGUCACGAUACCGUGAGUUUAAAAGUAGCUAUACGAGGCCUCUUUGAUUUUCGCAAUCAGCUAUAGUCUUCUAUAAUUCUGCUUCAUUCCAUUAAUUUAUACUUGUGUUCUGCGUAGGCUGUUGUCAGAAUUCAGUUUUACAGAGUAAUAUUGCGGGUACAGCAUGGAAUUUCAUUUCCUCGAGCUAAUUUCGCCAUGCGAACACUGUAAACAGCUCUUCAGUUGAAAAUAUUGUGCUUUUUAAAUUGAAGUGAAAUUUAAGACGAUCUCUUCAUGAUUUAGCUUCUCACGUGGCUUCGAGUUUUAAAAAAUUAUUCAAUUUACUGCAAAGUUUUCGGCGUGUGCGCUUGCCUUAAAAUUAUUUUGGUUAAUGGUUCAGACGACACUCUUUGUAAUUUCUUGUGGCCUUAACAUAUUUACUAGUCGGUUGCAGAAAUCGGCUAAGUGGACAUGAUACGUGCUUAUUUUACCUUUAGGACCUCGGGUACUCAAAUAAAUAGUGAAUCGAAUGACCUUGAGCAUAUAUCCUUUGGUACGUCGUCGAAAAUUGCCUGGGCUUGGAGAAAAAUCGAAUGAGAGAUGGAUUAAGGCCAGUAGAACUGCAGACGAACUAGGUAUCAUUUGUCUUGCCGGAGAUUAAUACAGGCAAACAAUGCAUUUCUAGGAAACUAAGGAAGCAACAGCGAAUUUCCGGUUCCAAGCUUACGUCUCGAGAAAAGCAAAAGAUUUUAAUGAAAGCGUUACGCGCUGUGUGACGUGGGGUUAAGUUACGUUGAGAAUUUGAACACGCUGUAAGGAAUAGUACGGGGAAAGAAAUAUGGUCGAUCUACAACGCGAAAUAUUUCGGAAUAUGAACAUUCUACACAUAAGGAUAAUAGAACUUACUCGCUCUUUGUUUGUCCAUUGUGGUUUGUGGUGUUCUCUGCCGCUUUUGGCUUGCUUUUCCAUCGCUGUCACUCCUGUUAUAAGACAGAGUUAUGCUCUCGUGAAAUAAUCUUUUGCUUUUCCACGAGACGUGACACCUGCGGUAUAUGUUCACCGACGGGAGGGGUUCUUGGGGACGUUUCGACACCGUCUCUACAGUAACAGUAACUUCAAAGGGAGUCUUCAGCACUCAAUCUCAGUUUUUUUUUUCCUGGAGAUAAAUCACAACCUCAAAUCUACAUAGAAAAAUACCCUAGUUGAAACAACCGUACGGAAGUCUGACCGGGUUUCACGGGCGCCGGCUUUCACGGGCGCCAGCUUACACGCGCAUGGAUAAUUAAAUUUGAAUAGGCAGCGGGGCAACGUGUAGCUGAAUACUUCGUAUUUUCAAGGUUGAAAUCAAUUCAUUGUCUGGAACAUUUAACAAAGGAAAGCUUGUAAGAUUAUGAAUAAUCAUUUAUUUUGUGCAUGCGGGAGAAAUGAAAAUAGAGCGCGCUGACCGUUUCCGAAUUGACAGAUCUUUUAAAGGAGUGGCAGCAACCUCCUCUCAUCGGCAGAAAUUAAUUGUGGCUUUCGGAUUCGCUUGAGGUACUAGCUUUGGUGGCUUUUUUUCAAACCCAUUGAAGUUUCCGACUCGUUGGAAAGGCAAGAAUUUUUACGAGAUUUCCGGUAGUCGUUUGAUCGGCGACUUGGAAAAUCGCUCAUGAAACGUAAUGUUGUGUUCUACGACUCCAUUCGUGGGACAAAGUGGGUGACCGGAGCAGGGAUGGUAAAAGCAUUUUGUCUGCUCGGGCAACCAAUCAAAACACAGGAUUCCUUUCAUUUGGCCUGCCCGUGGAGCCGGCUAUAAAAAAGAGAAAUAUUGUGUACAUUAGAAUGCAGAAAAAGUUGUUGCCAUUAGAUGUCUAAACAAAUGGCAAAGUAUCAUUGAGUCUAAAGAGUGAUAUCAAACACGGUAACAUAUUAGUAUGUAACAAACAGUGCUUGAGCUCUAACUAACAGUGAAGAAAUGUUGGGGGUUUCUUAAAUCGGUGCUCGCAGCAACACUAUAGUAAUACAGUAUAAAUAAAAUAAAUAUAAAUAUUAAUCGUAAAUAUUCCUAUACAGACUCCUAUAUUUUUGCCAUGACUCUUAUCUCGCAAGAUGAUCAUCUCACAGCUGGAGCCUGGGCUGCCUUUGCUAGAGCAAACUAAAUGUACCGAAAUUACUGUUGUUUGUGUGAGAAUGGUAAAAACAUUAUUCCCCAUUAAUCAUUAAAAAUACAAAUAUUCAAAACAACGCGGGAAACUGGAAUCCCCUUCAACUCGAACCAUCUUCCGUUUCUCUUGGGUGUUCGAGUUAGCGGGCUGCCACUGUAUUCUUUUCUGCACUGCAGAUAUGUGAAUGGAUACUAAAUCUUAUAAUGAUCUAAUUUAUUUCCCAGGUUGCAGCUUUGAACGAUGCUUUCUCUUACGUUUAUGCUAUUGUUUGUGAUCGAGUUUGGAUGGGCCUCCCAGUGUGACAAGUGGUCUGGACCCGCUGGAACGUUUGAAUGCAUUCAAUUAAGCUUCUACAAUAACGAAUACCAGUGGGCGACGUGCUUGACGGAUACAUACAUCAAGCAAAAGAGCAAACAAAAAUACCAGUGUGCAGACCAAACUAGAAUUUAUUGCUGGUACCAGUGUAUGAUUGAAGUGCACAACAAGGAGUAUGGAUCAGUGACGAGUGAUUGUUCCUGUACCCCCAGCAAUCCAACCUCAUAUCCAAACACUCUCACACCUACCACAUUACUGCCUCCAGAGUGCUAUAGUCCACCAGGGGAUUCAUGUGAUUGGUAUCGCAACUGCCUGGAGAGGAGGUAUCCCUGUGAAGCUACAAGUAAUCAAUAUGCAAUCAAAUACGCUGAACAUUUUUGCAAGUUGUAUGACGAAAACUUUGCAAAGUUCAGUCUAAGCGGGCGAAACUGGGUUAACGGAGUUCGUAAAUGCCUCCAAGUCUCACUGGUGCCACUAUUGCGGCCAUGGGUCGACAAUCCAUCCUGUAAGGAGAUACGAAAAAGAGCGUUUGCCUCUCAUACACCAUGUUACUUGAAUCCAGGAAAUGGUGCGCCGUCCGUCUGUGAUCUUGACUGCUCCGAUUACAACCAGAUCUUUUGGACCAUCAAGGGUUCCUUUGUCAAAGUCGGUACAUUCUGGGAAUCUCUCAAGGGAAUGUGGAACAUAAGUGCGAAAUGUGGACGGUUUGCCUCCAUCAAGAAAUGCUUCAGAAAGCAGAAAGAUAGCCCAGUACAGGUGACCAAGCUGAAGAUUAAAAAGUUUAUUCCGCGAUCAAGGCGCUCAACUUAUAAUCUUCCUGAAUCUGAUGCUCAAAGUCGAUUCGCAGACGGUGUUGCCUCAGCCAUUGCGAGUGCCUUGAAGUGGAACUCAGACGUAAUGGACUGGCUCGCCUACGUUGAGAGAGUUGAAGCUCCAGAUAACAUGGAAAUUGUUGUCUUAUUAGUUGAUAAGAAAGCCCUGGGUAUCGCCAUUACAUCCACUCCAUCCUUUAACUUAAACGAGACCAUCCAAGAUUUUGCCUCAGCUGUACAAAAGGGAGUACUAACUUUGAAAGUGGAUGGAAACAAUAUCUGGGUGAAGAGCUUGGCCUCGUGUUCUGAUAAAGCCUGUACCAGCACCCAGACACUGGCAAUGUCAGACAAGCCUCCAAACUGG